UCGAUCAAUGGAGUUCUCCUUCUUCAUCUUCAAGCCAUUAUGCCAAUACUAUCUUCGUCUUCUUCUUCUUCUUCUUCUUCUUCUUCUAUGUGUUAACUAUAACUCUCAAUUGGGCGCCAUAGCCAGCUUUAACUAUGGCGAAGCUCUUUCAAAAAGCCUCCUUUACUUCGAAGCUCAGCGCUCUGGUCGACUUCCGCAUCUUCAAAGAGUCAAAUGGAGAGAAAGCUCCGCCCUCACAGAUGGUCUCCAACAAGGAGUGGAUUUGGUGGGAGGUUAUUACGACGCCGGAGACCAUGUCAAGUUUGGGCUGCCAAUGGCAUUUACCAUCACCAUGCUUUCCUGGUCGGCGAUUGAGUACGCCGAUGAGAUCGCCAGCGCCGGCGAGCGCCGCCAUGCUUUGGAGGCUAUUAAGUGGGGGACGGAUUAUUUUCUCAAAGCUCAUACUCAUCCAGACGUUCUAUGGGUUCAGGUAGGUGAGGGUUCAACGGAUCACUACUGCUGGCAACGGCCGGAGGACAUGACCACCUCUCGCCGGGCAUAUAAGAUAGAUUCCGACCACCCGGGCUCCGAGGUGGCGGCGGAGACGGCGGCAGCGAUGGCAGCGGCCUCUAUGGUCUUUCGGACUUGGAGCCCGUCGUACUCUGCUCUGUUGCUUCGGCAUGCCCGAGAGCUGUUCGAGUUCGCCGACCGCCGGCGAGGAAGAUACGAUUCCAGCGUGCCGGCGGCCAAGGGAUAUUAUCCGUCGCUGAGCGGCUACGGGGACGAGCUACUGUGGGCGGCGCUGUGGCUCCGGCGGGCCACCGGCGACUCCCAGUACUUGGAUUAUGUGGUGAAUAAUGCGUACGAGCUUGGCGGGGCCACGUGGGCUGUUUCUGAGUUUAGUUGGGAUAUUAAGUAUGCGGGGCUUCAGCUUAUGGCAGCUAAGCUUCUAAUGGAUGAAGGACCAAAGCUGAGCACUCAUCAGCGUCGGAUCCUCGAAGAAUACAAAUCAAAGGGGGAGCAUUACGUAUGCGCGUGCCUCAAUCUCCACCGACCAAGCAAUAACUCCAGAGCGAAUAAAAAUGUCCGGCGAACUCCCGCGGGCCUCCUCUACGUCCGGCAAUGGAACAAUCUUCAAUACGUCUCAACGGCCGCGUUCCUCCUCGCCACUUACUCCGACCACCUCGCCAGCGCCGGACUUUUCCUCCGCUGCCCCACCGACGCCGCCGUGCCUUCCGCCGCUCUGCUCUCUUUCGCCCGCACUCAGGCUGACUACAUCCUCGGAGACAAUCCCCUCCGCCUAAGCUACCUCGUCGGAUUCGGCCAUCGGUACCCGAGCCGAGUCCAUCAUCGCGCCGCAUCCUCUGGCGGCGGCGGGGGAGAUUUCGUAGGAUGUACGGAAGGGUACCACCGAUGGUUCGGCAGGAACCGGUCGAACCCGCACGUGGUGGUCGGGGCGGUGGUUGGCGGACCGGAUUCGGCCGACGGGUUUAGGGAUGUGCGGAGCAAUUUUAUGCAGACGGAGGCGUGCACAUAUAACACGGCGCCGAUGGUGGGUGUUUUUGCAAGGCUGAAUAGGGAGAUCAAUUCCGCAAUUGCUUCGAUUUGAAAUUUAUUUUAUUACUCAAAUAAAUAUGGAGGGGGGAAAGGAGAAUGAUCAUAUACAUAUUUUUCUAUGAUUUUUUUUUUAA